AUCCAGCGUCUCAAAGUCCUCCUCAACCUUAUUAAACACCGCCGCCACCCGUCUCCGGAUAUCGACUUCCCGCUCCACAGCAAGAUCCGCGAAGAAAGCAGUCUUGAAACCGCGAAGCCGAAGGGUUUUGUGGCAGCCGGCGUAGGGACAUUGGUUGGGGCCGUCUUUGAAGAUUCGCUCGACGCAGGUCUUGCACAUGCGGUGGUAGCACUCUGGGUUGAUGCGGAAUUCCAUGUCACGGUUGAAGUAGCGUGUUGUCUUGCACACGGGACAUGUCUCGUCUUGGUCUGGCGGUGGAGGCGCGUUGAGAUCUGUGGCGUGGCGUAUUGAGACGCCUGCGCGAGACAUUUUGGCUGGCUAGUGCACGGGAUGUGCGGUCGAGUGGAGGGGCGAGGUUGUCGAGAGAUGAAGAGGAACUGAAUGACUUUGUUAUGGUGAAGAAGUGAUUAAUCAGUGGCUACCUUAUCAAAUGUUGGUUCUGCACGGCUGACGAGACGGGGGUUACAGGCUUGCCGGGGAGAUUCCCAUUGGCCAAAGCUCGGAACGGUAUGGCCCCACCUUGUAGCUGCCCCUCCAUGAAUUGUCAGCCUUCUCUCAUAACCAACAGCUUCCAUCGAUUUCUCCCCUCAGGACAUAUCACAACCGCUUCAAAAACAUCACCAUGGCCGAUAACGAACCUACACCCGCUGAGACCGCCGCUGCCAACGCAAAGGAGGCCGAGGAGCAGGCUGCUCUUCCCUACAAGUGGACUCAGACUAUCUCAGAGCUCGACGUCACCUUCAAUGUACCUGGAAACCUCAAGUCAAGGGAUCUCGUCAUUACUAUCAAGAAGCAGAGCCUACAGGCGGGUAUCAAGGGCCAGGAUCCAAUUAUCCAGGGCGACCUCCCCCACGCCGUUCACGUUGACGACUCUACAUGGACGCUCAGCACCAACUCAGACGGUACCAAGACAGUUGAGAUUCACCUCGACAAGGUGAACAAGAUGGAAUGGUGGGCGCACGUCGUCACAUCCGCUCCCAAGAUCGACGUGACCAAGAUCCAGCCCGACAACUCCAAGCUCUCAGAUCUCGACGGUGAGACCCGCGGUAUGGUCGAGAAGAUGAUGUUCGACCAGCAGCAGAAGGAGAAGGGUCUGCCUAGCUCAGACGAGCAGAAGAAGGCGGAUAUCCUAAAGAAGUUUCAGGAACAGCAUCCCGAGAUGGACUUUAGCAAGGCCAAGAUCCAGUAAAAAGGUAUAUAUGACGAAUUCCCCAUUGAAGAAUUAAAAAGACGUUUCAGUUCGUUACUUGUUGUGUUAUUUUUCAUCUUGUUUCUAGAGCAAUUGCUGCGCGCUCGAGAAAGGCGUUGAAGUUUUUGACUUGUUGGAGCAUACCGCCUGCGGGGCUCGAUGAGCUGGCUUCGUCUGUGAUUCGUGCGACGAGAAGCUCGAGGUUAGCCAGAUCGGCCUUUUUCUCUUGGGCGCGCGAGAGUUCAGGGGCGUCUCGUCCCCGUUCGACUGCCAUGUCUAUGUCAUGCAUGAUAGCUGAGGUGUCGAGUCGAUACUGAUAUGAUUAGCUGGUGUUGCAUCAAAGAAAAGCAGUAGGCAACUCACUUUUGACUCUUUGGUGUCCUCCUCGUGCUUAAUGCGUACAGCAUCCAUCUUGAGUGCUACUUGUUCCCUC